GCUUUUUGACACACAAAAGAAAAAAUAACAAUAAAAGCUUUUGGCUCUCUUCAUUCAGCCGGCAUCUCCUCUCCUCCAACAACAAUGGCGACACAAACUCCUCACGUGGUCAUCGUGCCCACACCUGGGAUGGGUCACCUUAUCCCCCUCGCCGAGUUCGCUAAGCGCCUCGUUCUGCAACACCAAUUCUCUGUCACUUUCGUCCUUCCCACCGACGGCCCCAUUUCCACCGCGCAGAAAACAGUCCUCGAAAACCUCCCCGCCGGCACUCACUACACUUGUCUCCCUCCGGUCAGCUUCGACGACUUGGCGGACGACGUCAAGAUCGAGACUCGCAUAUCCCUCCAAAUAACCCGCUCCCUGCCGGCGUUUCGCGAUGCGUUCAAGUCCUUGGUUGCGACGACCAACACCGUCGCCCUCGUGGUUGAUCUUUUCGGGACUGACGCUUUUGACGUCGCCAUCGAAUUCAAGGUUUCUCCUUACAUAUUCUACCCUUCCACUGGCAUGUGUUUGUCCUUGUUCCUUCACAUGUCGGAGCUGGACCAGAAAGUGUCGGGCGAGUAUAGAGACAUGACUGAGCCGGUCCAGAUCCCGGGCUGCAGCGUACCGAUUCAAGGCAAGGAUCUUCUCGCACCGGUUCAGGACCGGAAAGACGAGGCCUACAAAUGGGUUCUUCACCACACAAAACGGUACAGAAUGGCGGAGGGUAUCGUGGCCAACACCUUUAUGGAGUUGGAGCCCGGUGCAGUAAAAUUCCUGAUACAAUCAGAACCCGGGAAGCCCACGGUUUACCCAGUAGGACCGCUGAUAAAGAUGCAGGAAGAAGAAUCCGGCACCGGAAAAUUAAACGGGACUAGCGUUAAUCCCUGCCCUAUUCUGGAGUGGCUAGACCAGCAGCCCCGCGGGUCGGUUCUGUACGUCUCGUUCGGCAGCGGCGGUACCCACACUCACAAACAGCUGAUUGAGAUCGCUUCGGGAUUGGAGAAGAGCGAGCAGCGGUUUAUAUGGGUGGUCAGGUGUCCAAACGACUCGAUCUCCAACGCUACUUAUUUCAGCGCCCAGAGCUCAACCAACCCUCUGGAUUUCAUGCCACCAGGCUUCCUGGACCGGACCAAGGGGCUAGGCCUGGUGGUCCCCGACUGGGCACCCCAGACCCAAAUCCUAAGCCACGAGUCAGUCGGAGGAUUCUUGACUCAUUGCGGAUGGAACUCAAUUCUGGAGAGCGUGGUCCACGGGGUCCCACUAAUUGCAUGGCCAAUGUAUGCAGAACAGAGGAUGAAUGCUGUGAUGGUGAGUGAAGAUAUCAAAGUGGCACUCCGACCAAAGGCCGGCGAAGAUGGAUUAGUGGGAGAACUGGAAAUUGCUGAGACAGCCAAAGCACUCAUCCAAGGCGAAGAAGGCAAAGAAGUGCGCAAAAGAAUGAAAGAUCUCAAAGAUGCAGCUCACCGCGUACUCACACCAGACGGCUCUUCCACCAAAGCACUAGCUGACCUGGCAUCCAAACUCAAGGCCAAAAUUAUUGCUUAAUUCCUUAUCCUAAUCUUAGUUUCACCAAAUGUGAAAUACAUAUAUGUAUGUAUGUAUUUACUAUUCAAUUCCCUUCCUCCACCCCGAUCCCGAGAAUCCCACCACUCCUGUUCCAAACUUGUUUUGACAUAGAACAUAAAUCGUAAAAUGUGAUGAAUUGCGAAAUGUGUUUCAGUAUAGUAGAAUUUAUCAAUGAAUACCCCAAUGUAUAGGUAAUGGAAUGAGAUAUGGUUGAAGCAUAUUGAAUUAAUGAUGGGAAUUGAAACUUUA